UUGUCGAAUUUGAUUUGACAUUUUUUUUAGGGAGGGGGGAGUCAGAUUUUGGACUGUGAACGCUUUUUUUUUUUUUUCUGGGAGUGAAAGAAAGCGGCCUAUAUACGGACUUCAUUUCUCAUUCUCCAAAAACUCUGAUGCAGGAUUUCCCCCCGUCCUCAGUCCAGAGGAAUAUAUACACCUUCAAGUCCAAGGAGGCUCGUCCUCAUCCCAGGGUUUUUUUUUUUUAUUAUCGCUUCAUCCGAGGGAAUGCUGUGCGCGCAUGCAGAUCCAGAUGCGCGCAACUCUUUCUGAGUGUUCGGCGUUUUUUCGCAGCUGCGAGCAUCUUGACUUGUGAUCGAGAGAGAGACGCGGACUGCAGCAGCCUCUCCAACCCCUUUCACAUGGAGAUUUGUGUCUCGCUCCAACUGCAAAUCUUGAAAACGUGGACGGAGGGGGCCCUGCUGCUGCAUUUUCUUGCGCUGUUCUCAUCCUCGAUUUCAUUUACUUGAGGAAAAUGCAGAACACAAACACCAGAUGAACUAUGAAUGCUGAACACAAUGAUCUACUCCCUCCAGUCCCAGAUAAUGAGAGGUCGUAGGCUGAAGGGGGCACUAUCCAACCCCCUCUUUGUGCUGCUUUUGGCCCUUCAGAUCCUGGUGGUGGCUGGGCUGGUUCGUGCUCAGACUUGUCCUUCAGUCUGUUCAUGCAGUAAUCAAUUUAGCAAAGUCAUAUGCACCCGCCGUGGUCUACGGGAUGUCCCAGAUGGCAUUUCUACCAACACUCGCUACUUGAACCUCCAGGAUAACCUGAUUCAGGUCAUCAAGGUGGACAGUUUCAAGCAUCUGCGCCAUCUGGAGAUACUACAACUUAGCAAGAAUCACAUCCGCAGCAUUGAAAUUGGGGCUUUUAAUGGACUAGCCAGUCUCAACACCCUGGAGCUCUUCGAUAAUCGACUCACAACAAUCCCCAAUGGAGCAUUUGAGUACUUGUCCAAGCUGAAGGAAUUGUGGCUAAGAAACAACCCAAUUGAAAGUAUACCAUCUUAUGCCUUCAACCGAGUCCCCUCACUUCGAAGGCUAGAUCUAGGUGAACUCAAACGUCUCUCCUACAUUUCUGAUGGGGCUUUCAAGGACCUGAGCAACCUGCGCUACCUGAACCUGGGAAUGUGUAACCUCAAGGAGAUACCCAAUAUUUUGCCUUUGGUUAGGCUUGAAGAACUAGAAAUGUCAGGUAACCAGCUGUCUGUUGUCAAGCCCAGCUCAUUUACGGGGUUAGUGAAUCUUCAGAAGCUUUGGAUGAUGCAUGCACAGAUCCAAACUAUUGAGAGGAAUUCCUUCGAUGAUCUUCAGUCGAUGGUUGAGCUCAACCUGGCUCACAACAAUCUGACCUUUCUACCACAUGACCUGUUCACACCAUUGCAUCAUCUAGAAAGAGUGCACCUCCAUCACAACCCCUGGAACUGCAACUGUGAUAUCCUGUGGCUUAGCUGGUGGCUUAAGGAGACAGUACCUGCCAAUACCAGCUGCUGCGCACGUUGCCAUGCUCCUUCAGUCUUCAAAGGAAGGUACAUUGGCGAACUGGACCACAGCUACUUCCAGUGUGAUGUUCCUGUUAUUGUAGAGCCACCCAGUGACUUGAAUGUGACGGAGGGCAUGGGUGCUGAGCUUAAAUGUCGCACAAACUCCCUGACCUCUAUCUCUUGGCUCACACCAAAUGGCUCCUUGGUCACUCAUGGUGCUUAUAAGGUGCGCUUGUCUGUACUCAAUGAUGGGACGCUGAACUUCACUAGUGUUACAAUGCAGGACACGGGGACUUAUACCUGCAUGGUUAGCAACACAGCAGGCAAUAUUUCUGCUUCUGCUGUGCUCAAUGUGACUUCUAUGGAAAACAAUGGGGUGACCUAUUUUACCACGGUCACUGUGGAGACCAUUGAGCCCCCAGAAGUUGAUAGCCAAACGCCACUUCCCCCUUUUGGCUUCCCCCAUUUGUCAUCAACUACAAAGGGUACUCCUGUUUCAACAAGGACCACAGAGCGGACUUACACCAUAACAGUUCCUGAUCAGGAUAUAGAAGGAGCCCUCAAUGGCCUGGAUGAGGUAAUGAAAACAACCAAGAUUAUCAUUGGCUGCUUCGUCGCCAUUACACUCAUGGCUGCUGUUCUGCUGGUUAUUUUCUACAAAAUGAGAAAGCAGCAUAACCAACAGGACCCAGAUGGCCCUGCCUCCUCGAUGGAGGUCAUUACUGUAGAAGAAGAGCUUGCAGGUGUUGCUGCUAUGGAGAGGCACAUACCGCUCCCCCCUCUGGAGCACUACAACCACUACAACACCUAUAAGAGCACUUACCACCAUCCCCCUAUGCUCAGUACCAUACACAGCUCAGCAACACAGGAACCGUUACUGAUUCAAGCCUGCUCAAAAGACAAUGUGCAAGAGACCCAAAUCUGAUCUUAAAUUUGACUACAUAUCGAGUAUUUCCAAUAUAGCACUUGGAAUACUAUGGACCAAAGCAUUAAGAUAAAAGAAAUAAAAUGCUGUUGACUUGACAGUUGAUGUCAAUCACAGCACUUAAUCAGUGUUUGGCAAAGGGACGAUAUGUGAUACUUUAAAAAAGUGUCUUUACAAAAACAAAGAUUAUUUAUUUAAAAUAUGUCUAGUGGCUAAAUGAAGAAAAACAAUUUGUGAUAGCUUUUUAGCAAAUUUUAUUUCUCUAUCUCUGUGUAAUUCUGUACAAGGGAAAGAAUGGUUUAUUAAAAGUGGAUGUAAAAGGAAGCUAAUGCAGUUCGUGACACCAUUGUAGAUUUUGUCCUUGUGGUAGUUUUGCAAAAUCAUUAAUCUAACAUUUUGAUUAACCUAAAAAUAAUGUAGUUUAUUGAAGUUUAUAUUUUGACUGCUUCAGUCUGUUUUGCAAAUUGGUCAGACCACGUCCACCAUGGACUAAGCUUGGAAGACAUCAAACAAAAAACAGGGGAUAUUUCCUCACCAUCAUAUUCAAACUGUCAGUCACAUAAGAUUAUAUCUUAUAAUGACACAGCUCUGGAUGAUAUCAGAGUGAAACCAGCAUGCCUGCAGAGCAAAGCUGCCAAAUGAGUAAAUGUGCAUUUCCCCUGUGGCUCCUAAACAUCAGCCAUACAUCCUUCACUUUAAUUAAGAUUAAGGUCUUGCUCCCACUCCUCGUCCUCCUGUUUCUCUGCACUCAACCUGUUUUUUAUAAUCCUCUUCUCUUCUUCCAUCUCUGAAUUCUCGUUUUUCACAGUCAACACUCUUCCAGCAUUCUCUCCGCUGUUUUUGUCCUCCAUGUUUUCUCUCCAUCACUGAUCCCAGACAUUUUCCUCACCCAUCGCGAUGUCUCAUCUUUCUAGCUUUAUCCACAGGUGUGUGCCAUGCAAUGGCAAAAUAUUGCUUAUGAAAAUGAAGGGUAGUGUAAGGCUGUGGUCUGUAGCCUCCCUGUUAACCCGGUAAUGAUCUACGUCAGCUUGGUGUCGCACUACCUUGCCAUCACCCCAGGGUCACACGAGCUCAGGCACUGAUAGUCCAUCUGUUAGAACAGAUAAAAAGGCAAAUGAGGCUGCUUCGUAAUGUAGUGUGACCCUGUCAGACAAACCCAGACAGGGCUUACAUAGUCACUGAGGCAGCUAGGGACCUGCAAGAAAAUAAGGGUGAAUGGGUUAUAGCUGAUGAAUCUAUAUCAGCAGUUCAUUUUCAGAUUAACCGAGGGACGCUGAUAAGAAAACACUAUGAGCCUUUGUGCCUAACAUCUAACAAGGAGGUAGAGGCUUUUGAUAUUUAAGAGACCCCUGCUCAGUCUCAUUUUUAUUUGAGGAAAAAAAAACCAGACACUUUGAUGUUGCAUCAUUUAAACACCAUCAAAACCUUGCUUCUCCUCCAGUCUGUUUACGUGCUGCUUUUUUCAUUUAGCCUGUCAAAGAGGAUGGCUUUAGGAAGUGGAAGGUAGCCCUGAAAAGGAUAGAAUGGUGGUUGGUGGGGAGGUCAGAGCCACAACAAUCAUGAGGGGUCUUCAAACAGAUAUAUUGCAGAUAUAAGAGGAGAGAAGUGGAAAAAUAGAUAAGAAAUAAGGAGGUAAAACUAGCCAUCAGCUAGUCGCCAUGGAAACAGUGACCUUGUGCAGAAAGUAGACAUGCUUUCCACUUUGGUCUCUGUGCAACAAGCAUAUUUUAAUUUACCAAUGGCCAUUUCACAAAUGGGGUCGAUUAAAAACAAAACUGACUUAAUGCAAGCUGUACGGACAAAUUCGGGUUUUGAUGGGAUUUGACCUACACAUGACAUCUCUGACAAGAAAGGUUCGGUUUGAGUUAUUUAUAAUGAAUCACCUCAUAAUAUGAAAAUUUAGCCUUCUUCACUCUCAUUCCUGGGAGGACUGCUACCACAGCGUAAUGCUGAAUAAAUAUCCCUAACAAAAUCUAACUACCAGGCAGUCUCCUAAACUCAUCUGUGUGUCUUGUACAACAAUGGAAUGGUGAACAAAUGAGAUGGAAGCAAAAUGUGCAUUUAAAGACUGGUCAUGUCUGGCAAAGACUGAUAAAACUGUAAAUGGAGCAAGAGCAGCUGAAACACCAACUUAGACACCACCAGCCCUUCAAAACCGCAUUAUGAAUGACAAAAAUAGCAAUGUCUGUGAGUAAACCAUUCUUUCCCUUUUCACUGUUUUCUUUUUUUUAAGUGCUCAGUUCCUUUUCAAUGCUUUUGGUGGCUUAAUGAUUCAAUGUUAAUGCUGGCUACAGUGGAAAAAAAAGUUCAGAUUUUUUUUCUAUAUAUAUUUGGGGGUUGUGAGUUAUUGAAAUUGAAAGGGAUAAUUGUGUAUUGAUAUUUGCUUUUUUGAAGGUUGGUUUAUGUGCAGGGUGGGGUGACAGGGGUGGAGAGGGGCGAUAUUUGAGCUUUGGAAUGGAAUUGAAUGCAGACUGACAUGCAGAAUGUUGGACUUGAAAUACCAGCAGACUGAGCUUGAUUUGCUUGAUUCGUGAGCAAAAUCCUUAGCCAAGGUGAUCAAAUUAUUGUGUGUUAUU